UGUCCAGAGUCUGAACAAUGGUCCCGUGGAUAAACUGCUCAGUAACUAGGGCACGUUAGGGGACAAGUUUUAUUGUUGUGCAAAUAUUGCAUUUAUCCUUUAUCUGGUUCGACGAUGUGGAUACCUACAGACAAUGAAAAAUACGGUGUCGUAAUAUCUGGCUUUCGGGGAACAGUCCCUUAUGGUUUACCAUUGGAGGUGGGGGACACAGUUCAAAUAUUAGAAAAAUGUGACGGUUGGUACAGAGGAUUUGUUUUAAGAAAUCCAAGCACGAAGGGAAUUUUCCCCGCUGCCUAUAUUCACUUGAAAAAUGCAAAUGUCAAAAACAAAGGGCAAUUUGAAACAAUCAUUCCAACAGAAGACACAGUCAUCACAGAAAUGACAGGAACUUUACGAGAAUGGGGGAUAAUGUGGAAACAGCUUUAUGUGAAGAAUGAAGGGGAUUUGUUCCACCGACUGUGGCAUGUGAUGAACGAACUGCUUGAUCUCCGUAGGCAGGUCCUUGUGGGGCAUCUAACCCAUGAUCGGAUCAAAGAUGUAAAACGGCAUAUUACAGCUCGCCUGGAUUGGGGAAAUGAGCAACUGGGUUUGGAUCUGGUUCCAAGAAAAGAAUUCAGUAUGGUUGAUCCUGAAGAAAUCAGUGUUACAGAAUUGUAUAAAUUGAUGGAGCACAGACAUCGAAAGAAGGAUACCCCCAUUCCAACAAGCACUCACCACCUCUUUCUUCAAAUGAAAAGUUUGAUGUGUGCUAAUUUAGGGGAAGAACUUGAGGUCUUCUUUUCGAUUUAUGACAGCCGGGAGAAUCAGCCCAUCAGUGAAAGAUUCUUUGUAAAGUUGAAUAAAAAUGGUUUGCCAAAAUUUCCAGAGAGAAUGGAAAGACAGUGCACACUUUUCAUUGAUUUGGGGAGCAGUGAUCUCAGAAAGGAUAUAUACAUUACUGUUCACAUUAUAAGACUGGGUCGAAUGGCAGCGGGAGAAAAGAAAAAUGCUUCCAAUGCACAAUAUCGGCGCCCGUUUGGUUGUGCAGUCUUGAGCAUUGCAGACUUGCUCCAAACUGAGAGGGAGAGCAGAGAUUCUAAAGAGGACCACAUGCUUAAAGUCUACAUGUGCAAUACUGAAAAUGAGUGGUGUCAGAUACAUGAGAAUAUUAUCAAGAAGCUAAAUGCACGAUACAAUCUGACAAGUUCAAAUGCUGGCUUAUCUGUGGCACUACAGUUGCUACAUGGAGACAUUGAUCAGAUCCGAAGGGAGUACCCGGUUUUGUUUACAAGAGGUGUGGCGAUCACCAGAAAAUUAGGCUUCUCAGAUAUUAUAAUGCCAGGUGACAUCAGAAAUGACCUAUACAUAACAUUGGAGCGAGGGGAAUACGAGAAAGGAGGCAAGAGUGUGGCCAGGAAUGUGGAAGUAACAAUGUAUGUUUUAGAUAGUGAGGGGCAGGUAUUAAAGGAUUGUAUUUCACUAGGAUCUGGAGAAGUGCCAGUGAGUGAGCAUCACUCAUUUGUGCUUUAUCACAACAAUAGCCCCAGAUGGGGUGAGCUGCUGAAGCUUCCUAUUCCCGUGGAUAAAUUUAGGGGUGCACACAUCCGCCUGGAAUUCAGGCACUGUUCCACAAAAGAAAAAGGAGAGAGAAAACUUUUUGGGUUCUCCUUUGUUCCACUGAUGCAAGAAGAUGGCAGAACAUUACCAGAUGGUAUUCAUGAGCUCUUGGUCCACAAGUGUGAAGAAAGCACAAACUUUCAGGAUCCUACUCGCUACCUCAAACUUCAUUAUUGUAAAGGGAACAAUCAGCCAGUUAAAGCUUCCAAGGAGACAUUUUGGAUCUCAUCAUUUCUGUGUUCCACUAAGCUCACUCAGAAUGGGGAUUUGCUAGAUUUUUUGAAAUGGAGAGCCCACCCAGAAAGAAUAUGCGACAUUCUCUCAAAAUUCAAAGAUAUCGAUGGUGCAGAAAUAGUUAAGUUUUUGCAAGAUACACUGGAUGCAUUAUUUGGAAUUUUGGAUGAGAAUUCCCAAAAAUAUGGAUUGAAAGUUUUUGAUUCAUUGGUUCAUAUCAUAAAUUUGCUACAGGAUAUCAAGUUUCAGCAUUUUAAGCCAGUUAUGGAUACAUACAUAGAGAGUCAUUUUGCUGGAGCAUUAGCCUACAGGGAUCUUAUAAAAGUGCUGAAAAGAUACAUUGAUCGUUCAAUAGAAGCAGAGAGACAAGAACAUAUUCAAGAUGUGCUGAGGGCACAGGAAUAUAUAUUUAAGUAUAUUGUUCAUUCUCGGAGUUUGUACACUCUUGCAACGGGCGGACAGAAUGAGGAAGAAUUUCGAAAUAGUAUUUAUGAACUAUUCCAGUCAGUGAGAUACUUCCUUUCCAUUGAGAGCCAGGGAUCAUCCAUCAUCACACAAACUCAGGCUGUGUUUCUCAGCUCCUUUCCAGCUGUAUACUCAGAGCUACUGAAACUGAUAGAUGUGCGAGAAGUUUCAAAUCUGGUUAGAGAUACAUUGCGCAGCAUGCCAGAUAUCCUACAUGUGGAAUAUUCACUGGAAGCUGUCAAACUUCAGUGCAUCGCUAAAACAGUAGAGAGCCAACUUUUUGCUAAUCCUGAUUCUCGUUGCAUUCUCCUCCCUGUGGUUCUUCAUCAUCUUCACAUGCAUUUGCAAGAACAGAAGGAUCUCAUUAUGUGUGCACGCAUCCUUAGUGCAAUGUUUUGUCUCAUCAAGAAGGACGGCACUGAAGCGACUGUUUCAGGGGAGGUGGAUAUGCUUGUCGACAGCUUGUUGGGUAUGCUGCUGAGGACAAUAUUAGAAAUCAGCAAUAGGCCACAGCCCUCCGGACCCACAAUUCGUUUGCAGUUUCAGGAUGUGACUGGGGAGUUUGUGGCGUGCCUGCUUGCGCUGCUCAGGCAGAUGACAGAUAAACAUUAUCAACAAUUUCUGGAGCACUUCACCAGCAAAGAUGAUCUCAGGGAUUUUCUGCUGCAGAUUUUUACAGUGUUUAAGAUUCUAACAAGGCCAGAGAUGUUUCCAAAAGACUGGACGAUAAUGCGCUUGGUUACAAACAAUGUGAUCAUCACCACAAUCCUGUAUCUCUCAGAUGCACUUAGAAAGAACUUUCUAAAUGAAAGCUUUGACUUCAAGGUGUGGGAUUCUUAUUUCUAUUUGGCAGUAAUAUUUAUCAAUCAGCCUUGUCUUCAGCUGGAGUUAUUUUCACCAUCAAAAAGGAAGAAAGUUCUGGAAAAGUACGGAGACAUGAGGGUGAUGAUGGGGUGUGAGAUCUUCAGUAUGUGGCAAAAUCUAGGAGAACACAAGCUGCACUUUAUCCCUGGACUAAUUGGACCAUUUCUUGAAGUUACUCUUGUACCUCAGGCAGACCUUCGCAAUGUGAUGAUCCCAAUUUUCCAUGACAUGAUGGACUGGGAGCAGAGGCGUACCGGAAAUUUCAAACAGGUGGAAGCAAAAUUGAUAGACAAGCUGGACAGUUUGAUGUCAGAAGGCAAAGGUGAUGAAACUUACCGGGAAUUAUUCAACAGCAUCCUGCUGAAAAAAAUUGAGAGAGAAACCUGGCGAGAAAGUGGUAUUUCUCUAGUAGCUACUGUAACUCGCCUAAUGGAAAGGUUGCUGGAUUACAGGGACUGCAUGAAAGUGGCGGAGGUGGAUGGCAAAAAGAUUGGCUGUACAGUUAGCCUGUUGAAUUUUUAUAAGACAGAAAUUAAUAAAGAAGAAAUGUACAUCCGUUACAUACAUAAGCUGUAUGAUUUGCAUUUAAAGGCACAAAAUUUCACAGAAGCUGCAUACACUCUGCUAUUGUAUGAUGAGCUCUUGGAGUGGUCAGAAAGGCCACUGCGAGAAUUCCUUCAUUACCCAAUGCAGACUGAGUGGCAGCGCAAGGAGAUCCUCCAUCUUACCAUCAUCCAGAACUUUGACAAGGGCAAAUGCUGGGAAAAUGGGAUUAUCCUUUGUCGUGAAUUAGCAGAUCAGUAUGAGAGCUUCUACGAUUACCGCAACCUUAGCAAGAUGAGGAUGAUGGAAGCUGCUUUCUAUGAUAAAAUAAUGGACCAACAGCGUUUGGAGCCUGAAUUUUUCAGAGUUGGGUUUUAUGGAAAGAAAUUUCCAUUCUUCCUCCGAAACAAGGAGUUUGUUUGUCGAGGACAUGAUUACGAGAGAUUGGAGGCUUUCCAACAGCGAAUGUUGAACGAGUUCCCACAUGCGAUUGCUAUGCAGCACGCCAACCAACCCGAAGAGACUAUUUUUCAGGCUGAUGCACAAUACCUGCAGAUUUAUGCGGUAAUUCCCAUUCCUGAGAAUCAUGACAUACUGCAGAAAGAAACUAUACCUGAUCAUAUUAAGAGUUUUUAUAGAGUCAACAACAUCUGGCGGUUCAGAUAUGACAGACCAUUCCACAAAGGAAUCAAAGAUAAAGAAAAUGAGUUCAAGAGUUUAUGGGUUGAGCGGACAACGUUGACAUUAGUUCAGAGUUUACCAGGUAUUUCCCGUUGGUUUGAAGUGGAUCGGCGGGAAGUGGUUGAAAUGAGUCCACUUGAAAAUGCGAUCGAGGUGCUGGAGAACAAGAACCAACAACUGCGAACCCUAAUCACCCAGUGCCAGUCAAGGCAGAUGCAGAAUAUAAACCCUCUGACCAUGUGCCUGAAUGGGGUCAUCGAUGCAGCAGUUAAUGGAGGACUCGCCAGAUAUCAAGAGGCAUUCUUUGUGAAGGACUACAUUCUCAACCACCCUGAAGAUGGGGAGAAGAUCUCUCGCCUAAGGGAGCUUAUGUUUGAGCAGGCGCAUAUUCUCGAGUAUGGGUUGGCCGUACAUGAAAAAUUUGUGCCCCAAGAUAUGAGACCACUGCACAAGAAGCUGGUGGAUCAAUUCUAUGUGAUGAAGUCCCGACUGGGUCUGCAGGACUUCCCAGCAUAUUCCCGUGUGAGUCCCAUACACCUAACAAAUGGAAGUCCCCGUACUUGCCGAAAUCCUGCCCUGGGUGCUAUAAGCCCAGAUGGAGCCAGAAUUGUCAACAGACGCAGCCCAUUAAGUUACCCAGCAUUCAACAGAUAUUCUUCUUCAUCCUUGUCAUCUCAAGCAUCAGCUGAAGUUAGCAACAUCACCGGGCAGUCUGAAAGCUCUGAUGAAGUCUUUCAUAUGCAGGCAAGUCCAUCUACCUCAAGCUUAAGCUCCACACACUCAGCCUCCCCAAACGUAACAAGCUCAGCUCCAUCCAGUGCUAGAGGUUCCCCACUGCUCUCUGAUAAGCACAAACACACAAGGGAAAAUACGUGUCUUUCUCCCAGAGAACGGCCCUGCAGUGCCAUUUAUCCAAUCUCCUUGGAGCCAGCACAGCAGACACUUACCCAGCAAAUCGGUGACUCCUGCAUGCCCCGAAGUGAUCCUAAUUUAUCUGCACCUGAGAAAGUCAUGAACCCAACUCCAAGUAGUUGGAGCCUAGACAGUGGUAAGGAAGCGCGAACCUGUGUGCCAGACAAUGCAAGACUGGUGUCUCCUCCCGUCCCACCCAGACCAACACAGACAGGUUCACCUGCAAAGACAUACAGGUCCUUUUCUCCACAGGCAUUUGAUACUCCUCCUGCACUUCCCAGAUCUCCUCAUAAGCAGGGUUCUGUUCAAUCAUUGACACCUUCACCUACCGAUUAUCAAUCUUUGGGGCCAGUUUACAAUUCUCCUGUGUUGUCUGGAAGUAGCAGCAGUGGUAUCUCCUCUCUGAGCAGGGGAAGUGUAACUGAAACUACCCUGACUGAUGGAACAAUUACAUGUACCUUCAUUGGCUCUGAGGAAUUAAUUAAAAAGGAGAAUGGAACCUUUGCUUGUAUGCCACCACGGUACAACAUAGCUGAACAAAGCACUGGAACGUCAAGACGUCGCGCUGCUCUACCUCAUAGCCUGUCUGUUCCUGCCAGUGCAGAACCACCAGCUCUUCCUCCUAAACCCCAUGUAUUACGUGUACAUAGGUCAGAAGGUGAAAACAGAAUGGAUGAAGUUCUUGUUAGACCUAGAUCUCAACCUCGCAAAGUUUCACAGCUAUAGAAAAGCAGAAGAAAAUCAUUUGUGACAUUUAAGAGACGUGCAUUCUUUUCAACCUAAAUGGUAAUUUGACCAAGAGAAUCCAGGUGGGCACCUUAAACAAACAAUUUUGACCAAUUGUAUGGAUCCAUUAGCUAUAAAGAUUCUGUAAAUAUAUAUUGAAAUUGUUUUGCACAAAAGGUCAGAAUGGGGAAAAAAGUAAACUUGCAGCAGGUUGCCAGUGGCAAGCAAUAUUACUGCUAUUAAUAUGUACACCAUGCCUUUUGUUUUGGAAUCAUCAUUCUCCAGAAUAACUGAUGCAGAAGCAACUAUGCUGUUCAACUUCAAUUAACAUUUUCAUGAAUGUACUCUAAACAUUAUACACACACAGCUUAUACACUCAUAAUGUCUUUCUCUAAAAGGAGCUGGUUAUUUUAUUCAUAUUUCACAAUUUCCUACCCCCGAUCUCUCUCUCAUUUCAUUUUUUUAGCAUUUUGCUUAGAAAUUAAAUUAGUGCCCAAGCGUUUGCUACAACCUUCAGUUGCACAUUUUCAGCAAUAAAAAUACAAUAUGUUGCCCAUGAGUCAAGCUGGAGAUGGGACUUGGAAAUUAUAAUUGGAACUUUUGCUGUGGCCAUGAGGAAAGAAUAGAACAUUCAGUACAAAUUAUGCUUACUGCUUUUAAUAAAGCUCAAAACAAAUUGUCUCCAAGACUGUAAACAAUAAGCAAUUCAUUAGUUUUACUUGCUGAUGUAACAGAUCUCACUCAUUAUACUCGUUCAGAACAGAAGUUCCCUGGCUGGCCUUCACUUUGACUAUGUAAUAAAGAACGAUGCGAUUAAGACUUUAAAAUACAAAGCAACAAGAUGAAGUCUUAGUGAGGAACAGAAUGAGAAUCUGUGUGAAUUGUGAGGGGCUGCAGUGUUUGGUUUAAGUACUAAAACUUCAUAAUUAAUACCACUUAAAUUAUGUGUUCACUAUUGCUGCUCCAUACUUUCAUUUGUCAUUGAAUAAAGUUGCCCUUUGGUUUGUACCAACCCUUGACUGAUUAGAUAUACUCUUGGACUGUCCUGAGCCAGAUUGGAGAGGAACUGGGCUUUGAAAAUCAUGAAUGUCACGUAAGUUAAUAGUGACAACAUUUUACAUCCCGAGAUGUGCUACUAUAUAAUUUGGAUAUCGGUCAGUAGAGGCAUCUGCAAGCAACCUGGUUUGUUCUUGGUUGUGUAUCCUAAACCUAAGGUCCGAUAAUGCAUUGUUUCAUUCACCUACACAGAUAAAUUUUGGAUGAGUUGUACCACCCAUUUGCACAUGGCCGUAAGGACAAAUUUCUAUUCCAAUAUGUUUAGGCUCUUUAUAAUUAUGCCUAACAUUGAUGCAUCAAAGAGAAUUUUGACAAAAAAAAGCAAUAAACUGCACACCACCCCAAUAGGUCACAAACCUGACCACAUAACUGGUCAGCAAAGCCAAAUUCAACAGCAAAAUACUAUGGGGGCUGGAAAUCUAAAAUAAGUACUGAAAGUACUCUUCAGGUUAAUGGCUAUUGACCAGAAUCGUUAACUUGGUUUCCCUCCAAAGAUGUGUCCUUCACAUGCAGAUUAUUUCCAACAGUUAUUCAUCUUAAGUGGCUUGCAUUUCAGGAAAGCAAAUAAUUUGUUGCUCUUGCAGCUCUCUUGUCUCACCAUAUUGUUAAUGAAGAAUCAUCCAGAAAUUUAAGGCACCAAUGGACGAUUCACAUGAAUAAGUAUACACCAGUUUGGUAUACUGACUUUCACUAUACUGUACUUCCUUACAUCCUGUUGAAAAGUACCUCCAAUCCUUUCCCCAUGUAUAUUUAGAUUUUGUUAUAAAUGGUGAUCAUUUUGCACACAGUAAAGGCUCAAGCCCUAAGUUGGGUACAGAUUGGGUUAAGUGUUUCUUUAGGUUAACUUGCAUUGUUCUUGAAAAGUAUUACAUCAUGUAAGAUUUUUCUGUUCUAUCAAUAUGACAGUUAUGUCUAUGUUUUUAAUACGAAAUGGGAGUUAGCUUGGAAGGAUUGUGAAGCUAUUGUUUAUGCUGAGGCAACAACAAGUUUGAAGCCUGAGUAGUCACUUGAAAUGUAGUAAUAUAAUUGACAUUAUACAUACUUAAGAGUUUAAGCUAAAGGUCAGCGAUUUGUGCAAUUUAAAAUCAAAAGUUUAUAAAAUGUUCUGUCUUAUCCUGUUACACAUUACGUUAGCCAUUGUCUUUUUGUCACCCCUAAAAGAAGAGCCUGUUAUCUUUAGUUUAAAAAUAAUUUGAUUAGAUUUGGUUUAGUUUCUGUCAAUCAGGUGCCUACCUGAAUACUUCUAGGUUGCAAAAAGUAUAUUGAAGUUCUGUUAUGGUUGCGGGCUACUUUUAUAAAGGGAUUAGUUAUUCUGGUGCCAGAGGCCUUUAUCAACCCCUACAUCUAUUGGAGUACUUGUUCAUUUAAUAACAAUAAACUAUAUUUUGAAAUUUUGCUCUGAAGACAAAUUCCAAGAGGAUUCGCCAAAGUAGUUACGUGGAAUUUCUUUUUGGGAUUUCAAAAUGUUGUUAUUUAUGGAAAGGAUUAGUGUUUUUAAGAAUUGUAUUACAUUAAACUUAAAAUAGAUGAUUAAAGGGCUAAUUUAAACAUUCAUUAGAAAAGCACAAAAUGUAUGUCAGAUGCAGAGUGGCACUGAGGUCACUAUUUACCACUGCAUCUUGACAUGUGUAAAAGGAAAGUGAAUGUUUAUAUCUAAAUGGGAUAUUUCUUGGAAAGUUUUCAGGCUGAAAUUAAUGUAGAGGUAAUGUAUUAAAAUGGGGCACAGAACAAUUACAGUUCAAUUCUCAGUGGAGUGGUUUCUGGAAUGCAAGUACAUAUUGAAAUUAUGAAGAGGAUUUUUCCAAUAUUGUUUUUUUCACUAAUAUUAAUUGUAAUCGUUAUAUUACUAUGUCAUAAAAAGGAGAUACUGGACCACAAACACACCUUAUUAAAAAUGUGCACCAGAAUAAUAGUUAUUUUGUUUUCAGCCGAGCUGAGGCUACAUUUUUGAUUUUAAAAUUCUAUAUUGCCAUAAUUUCUUUCCUAACCAGAUACUCGAUGUGAUCAUCAGAGACUAAGAUAUCUAAAUAAUUGUUUUGUUUCUUUAAAGUCAUCUCAGUGUUAAACCACUCCCUAUCAUAUGCUGCUAUUAAUUGGUGUUGCAUGCAGCCUGUUCUCACUGAUGCAGGAAAUUUUAGACAAUGAGAAACCUAAUGCGAACAACCCAUUUUGUAUAAAUGGCACCAGGUUUAUGUUGAUUCAAUCUACUUUUGGAACUUACUAAGUUCCCAUAACUACUUUCAAUAUCCCUAAAUAAGUGACGAAUCCAGUGCUCAAUGCCAUCUAUCAAACGUUGCUGAAAACUUGAUUUGCAUAACUCUGUUUUUUAUGCUACGACACUGGGAUAGAAUACUCCAUCAACAAUGCCGAGGUUCACAAAUCGAAGGCACUAAGAGUGCCCAUUCAUUUUCGCUGAUGUCAGCAGCAGCCAGUUACACCACUUUUGUCAUUUCCUGUGUUGCCACUUCAAAGAAUAAUUUCCAUUACUGAUGACAAUGUUUCUGAUUGUGUAGUUAAUCAGAGUCUUCAUGGUGACCUGGAAAAUCCAUUUCAGACACAUUUGAAAUAAAACCUGAUCCAUUUUAAAUCAACAUACAGGUAUAUUACAUAUUGAUCCAUUUGUUGGUAUGUAUUCUGCUUUUUGUUUUGCUUUCUAUCCUGCAAAGGCCCUGUUGUUAGUCACUGCAGUUCAAUUACUAUAGCCAAAUAUAUUUCAAUAUCAACAAUCAUGAAUAAUUUCCGUAUUGCAACCUUGAAGCUUUUGGAUUGGUGUAAAGUUUGGUAAUGCUCUUUUUAUUCUUUAAAGAAAAGUGAACUCUUUCUGUUCUUCACCUUAGAAUUGUAUCCAGUUUCAACAGGGUUAAUUCUUGACUGCCCGCUAAACCACAACAUUGUAUCAAACCCCAAAUGCGGUUCAGGAUGGUAUCCCAGUGUACCUAAUUGUUUCUUUCGCCUUUUAGUCAAUAGGGGAGGUGCAUCCACAUUGACAAAAAGGCAAAGUGUCAUCUUUCCUGUGCAGUCACUACAGAAUAUAGUUAAUACAUCUGCAUAGUAUCCUAUUUUGAAAAUUUGAUUGCAUUGACUUUAUUUCAGAACCAAAUUUUAGAAGUAAAACUUAGCAUAUCUGAGCAAAUAUUUAGUAUUUCCAUCUCACCUGAUGAAUGUAGAGCAUUUUUUUAACCACUCACCUAAUUUUGUUUCCAUUCCCAGAGUUUCUCCUGUUGCAAUGACUUGGAGUGGUCCACAUGACCUUUCAUGUGGAAUUUAUUCAAAAUAUCAAGUGCACUACUUUCAAUGGUUCAUGUGGGUUAUCUUUUGCUCAAAGCACUUGAAACUUGUCAGGCAGAAUUUACAUUGCUUUUUAUAUACUAUUUUAUGCAGGAAAUCUUAAAUGUACUAAUUAAAAUCAUUAGGAUCUUAGUUUGUCCUGUCUGAAUUCCUGCCUGCUUCUUGAAUAUGAAUUACUUUUGCAAACAAUCCCCAAACUACUGGUGUUAAUAACCUGGUCACAAUGGCUCACUAAUUCUGAAUGUCAUUUCCAAAAUCAAGAUUAAAAAACACUUUUCUUAAUUAUUUUGAGCCCUUUGGGAUCUUCUCAGAACAACCAUUGGCAUUUGUAUUGGUGAAAUGAACCAUUGACCAAACCAAUAAUUACCUUUUGCUUUUUAUCACACACAAAGCAAACAACUUAAAAUUGUCUACUGACUUGCUAUUUGCUGUUUUGUACGAUCACCCAUGGUGAACAUUGUCCUUCAAUUUUGAAUAGGUUAUCUGCUUGGGCAAAACAUAGUAUUUACAUCAUCCAAUGAAUGUUUUAGGAAAUAUAUACAGCAUAUUACAAUUUGGCACGAAUCCAGUGCUUUGAUUCACAUACCAUACAAAGCAAUGAAAUAACUGGUUCUGGUGACAAUUAUAAAGCUCAAAAGAGACGUCUCAGAUAUUCAAGGGUCUGGUUGCUCACUGACAAGGAAUAGCUUUAGAUAUCUUUGUCUCUGAAGAAACUGAGUGCCAGUGAUGUAAGUGUAACUUUGGUCAAAAGCAACACAAAAAUUGUAAUUGUACAGAAAUUAAAGAUUUCUAAUGUUUUAAUUAGGAUUGAUUAAAUUUGUUAUUUAUAAAUGUAAAAUACACUAAUUGUAAUGUUACUGCUCUAUUAAUUGCCCUUUUCGCGGCUGCUGUAAAAAUGCAUUAUGGAUACAAGUACUGGUAUAUAUUAGAUGUUCAGUGCAAUUUUGUGUAGCAGCACUGGUAAAACUGUAUGGGGAAAAUCAAUACAUGUUCAGUUAAACUAAAACUGUAUUAAAACUUAGUUUGAUAAAGAUGAAAACAAAUGCACUUUCUUUAGAGGCUCAGUAUAUUUCAAUAUGUGUUUACUCUGCUCCCUUGACCUGAUUACCAUACCUACUAUCACUGACCAGACCCAUGAUCCAGAAAGCUGUUAAUUAUUUCUUUUCAUUGAAAAAUAACCUCGGUGUACCUUUACCAUAAAAGUUCUGAACAUAAUCUGGCCUCAGAAUGCAGUGCAUUUACAGAUGUCUAAUUCUUCAACAGUUUUAUUUUGAGAAAUUCCAGUUGUUCUAGGUCACCUUUGUGCAUGCUGUAUCCAGCUACUAGUUAGUACAAAGGGCUGCCCUAAUGAGUUAAAAUCAUCUCCAAUUUACAUCAUGAAUGCAGUGCAACACAUCUUUAAUCCUAUGCCUAAUUUCUGUGCAAUGACUUUGUACUACAAGACAUCAAAAAUAAUAGUAUGGAAAUUUUAUUAAAAAAGGUAAACACUUGGGUGAAUUAAAGAGAAUACAGUGUAGUGAAUAUUACGUUUUUAAUAUAAAUUAAAAUUCUGUAGGAGUUUUGACAAAUUGAGCUUUUUAAUAUUCAAAGAGCGAAUUAUACUGUACAAUGUGAAUGUUGUUGCGUUGCCAAAUGUUUAUCUAUUAAGAUUGUACAUAAGUUUUUAUAAAAAUUCAGCCAUAUUAACUUACAACAUUGAAUGUUGGAAGAACAAAUUCCUAAUAUAUGUUUAGUAUUUAUAUGCUGUUUAGUGAUGAUAUGUAAGCUCAUAGGAAUACAUUAAUCUUAUUGAGCAUUUAUUAAAAUGCUAGUUCUGGAUUUCUCUUCAACUCUGAUUCCUUUUUUGCAACAAACUGAGUUAUCACUUUUAGGUAAUGUAAUUUGUUGUCAAAGCACAUGAAAGCCUAAAUGACUGUAUUUUAUUAAAAAAUGUUUGUACAAUUAAUUUUGCUUCCUAAAUCUUGAUAAGAUGUCAAAAUAUCCAAACUGUAUCAAACUUGCUUACAGUAUUGUCUUGUAUGAUAUUUUUGUAUAUAUUCAGUACACUUGCCGAGGGUCACUGUUUUCUUAUAUAAAUAACCAUAUGCAGUGUUUUGUUGGUAGCCAUCAACUGUUUCCAAGCAUUCUGAAUGUUGUAUACAAGGCUGCCAGAUCAUCUUUUUACGGAUGAGGUUUUUGUGACGUUUUCAAUAACUGAUGGCACACGGUGACUAUGCUAGAAUAUUCAUGAAUGAAAAUAAAGAAAACAUUUUAU